AUGGAAUUCAGCGAUUCAGUUCUUGGUUGUUACAUUUCUAAACCUAUAAACCUAAGACAAUUUAAGACUGAGAAUGCUUAUAAAUUUGAUCAAGUUAAAAUGUCAAAGGUCACGGAUCGUCUAGUGUUUGAAAAAUUAAAAUCAAUUAAYCCGGAUAUUGAUUUAACUGAUUUACCUGAUGAAAUAAAAAAAUGGGAAACAGAGUUACAAAAAUUUAAUUUUCAACAAGUUUUUGAUUCACCGGAUACAUUAUGUGCUCGUUAUGUUUUUCCUAUCUACAGCACUACUAGUAGUAACCUCCAAACGCUUAAUAUUAUGAAAAGUGAUUUUUAUCAGACCAAGAGAACCAAGUUAUAUACUCCGCUCCCCAGUUUUACUCCAAGAGGAAAUAUUGUGCCUGGUGAAACUUUAUUGAUUACUAUUUCAAUUUAUUAUCCAUUUCACUGGACACAAAAUCAAGUUCCUGACGAAGCUGUCAUUCCACACUGUCAAAAAUCUCUUCAAUUUUAUGACACACAAACUCUUCAAGAUUUGAAACAAGGAUUCAAAUGUGAAAAUGAAGAAAGUGAAAUCAGUGGCGAUAUAAGCAAAAACCCUAAUAAACCAUUGAGUUUCAUAUCGAAUUCAGAUUUGAAGCAUGGUUUGUUUUACAUAAAUAAUAAUUUAUAUGUAGACUCUUUACCUGAUGGAAUUACAAUGAUGUAUGCCGAAACAAUGAAAAGUUGGGCAAGUCAUCAUGGUCACACUAUUGAAAAUAUACUUUCUUUGAAUACACAACUUUUGGACUUGGAGGUAUGCAUCGGCCAGCCCUAUGUUUACCAACAUUUAGGUCGUUGUGAACAUCUUUUUAUAUUUAAUGAAAUCAAUGUUGCUAAACCAAAUGACUGUCUUGGCCAAAACAAUUAUCCAAGAGUCAUAAGUGUUGCAAAAGAAAAAUUAAAGAACUGUAUAUAUUGUUCUAAAAAUAUAGCUAGUAUUGUUAUGCUGAAUGAUGAUGACAGAACCCCAUUAACUGUAAACCAUAUGUGUGAAGCUUGUUUUAAAUCAUAUAACUAUGAUCAUUUGGAUGAUAAAGUGUCUAAUUUCAAAGCUUAUAGAUGUAUAAAAUGGAAAAAAUAACCCAA